GAUUUCUUCCUCACCAAGUCUUGUAAUUGGGGCGGAGUCUGUGAUUCAAAUCGUUAAUUUGAUCGAUUUUCUCAAUCAAUCUUGGGAAUUUCUUCAGUAUGUCGAGGGAAUUUAACGUCCCGCCUGUGAUUUUCCCGUCCGGUGGAAACCCUAACACCGGCCCCCAACGACGCCUCCCUACGGCGCCUUUUCAGCCACCGAGAUCUUCAAACCCUAGUAUCCCUUUUAUGUCGUUUGACAUCGGCUCCUCUCCCGCAUCCACCUCCUUCUCGACUCCUCAAUUCGGCAGCAUUGGCAGCGGCAGCGCCAGCGCGAACUUCGAUGACGAACCACCUCUUCUUGAAGAGUUAGGUAUAAACACUAAACAAAUCUGGAACAAAACGGCCUCUAUUUUGAAUCCGUUUAGAGUGAAAGCAGAUCUCCACGAAGAUGCCGAUCUAUCGGGUCCGUUUUUGUUUCUUAUGGCCUUUGGAUUGUUUCAAUUACUUGCUGGGAAGUUGCAUUUCGGGAUUAUUUUGGGGUGGGUGACCGUGGCAUCUCUGUUUUUGUACGUUGUGUUUAAUAUGUUAGCAGGACGAAAUGGGAAUCUUGAUUUGUAUCGGUGCUUGAGUUUGAUCGGUUACUGUAUGUUGCCGAUUGUGAUAUUGUCUGCCGUAGCGUUGUUUGUACCCCAAGGUGGUCUGGUGAUCUUUGUAAUGAUGGGUAUUUUCGUCAUAUGGUCUACACGGGUGUGCACGAGGCUGUUGGUGGAACUGGCAUCUUGUGGCGAUGAGCACCGAGGGCUUAUUGCGUACGCAUGUUUCUUGAUCUACAUGCUGUUUUCAUUACUAGUUGUAUUUUGAUAUGGAUUUGGUGCUACCUGUUUAGCUACUGCUAUUCUUUAGAUAUCAUUUGGGGUUUAACAUAGUAUUGUUUCUUUUCUUUUUCUUUCUAUAUUUGGAAUGGAAGAGUACUUUUGUUGUUCAGACGAGGAGGGGAUUUUGUGAACUAGCAGAUAGUAACUUCAGGUUUUAUCAUGAAAGAAUGUAGAGUUGCUCAUGCUUGUAGCCUUUGGUCAAUUUGCUUGUCUUUGUUAUAUACUUUUGAUCUUUGCUUGGCUGUAA